AUGGCGGGUGGGAAAGCUCCUCGAAAGGGCAAGGACGGCGCGUCGCGGAGAUUCCAAGGAAUCGAGUUUCAGAAGAGCAAGGGGCAGCACAUUCUGAAGAACCCCAUGGUGGUGCAGUCAAUCGUGCAAAAAGCAGGCGUCAAGUCGACGGACACC